AGAUCACAAAAUAGACUUUGCUUCUCACCUCUCUCUCUCUGCAGAACAAUGAGACCAACACCCUAUCCUCCAGACCCUUCCAGCCCACCACCCUGCAUCACUUCUCAAUGGUACAAAAAUGCUUUCACAUCCCUCUCAUGAAGAUCAGCAUACACUACAUGAUGGGGUUGGGGUUAUUCAUAUAAAAGCCAACAAAGAAAACCAAAAUUUAGAAACAAAGAAAGACACCUACUAGGAUCAAGGUGUUGUGGUCUAAGGAAAAGGAUAAGUGAAACAAAUAUGGAGUCUGGUGUUCCUCUUUGUGACUCUUGUGGUGAGCAAGUGGGGGUCAGUGCCAAUGGGGAGGUGGCUGUGGCUUGCCAAAAGUGCAAUUUCUCCAUUUGCAAGGCUUGUGCUGAUUAUGAGAUCAAGGAAGGCCGGAAAGCAUGCUUGCGGUGUGGUGCUCCAUAUGAUGACAACUCGGUGGAUGAUGCUGAACUGAAUGUAUCAGGAAACCAAUCCACAAUGGCAGCUCACCUUAGUAAUUCUCAGGAUGUUGGAAUUCAUGCUAGACAUGAGAGUAGUGUGUCUACAGCUGAUGGUGAAGAACUAAAUGGUGAAUCCGGGAAUCCUAUCUGGAAGAACAGAUUGGAGAGUUGGAAGGAUAAGAAAGACAAGAAGAAAAAGGCUCCAACUAAGACUGAGAUUGAGACUCAAAAGGAGGACCAAGUUCCACCUGAGCAGCAGAUGGAUGAGAACCAGUCCACUGAGGCUGCACAGCCACUUUCAAGUGUUAUUCCAAUUCCAUCCAACAUACUCACACCAUACAGAUGCAUUAUAAUUUUGCGACUCAUAAUUUUGGCUCUCUUUUUCCAUUACCGUAUAACAAAUCCUGUUGAUAAUGCUUUUGGUCUGUGGCUCACUUCUGUGAUAUGUGAGAUCUGGUUUGCUGUUUCUUGGAUAUUGGAUCAGUUCCCUAAAUGGUCUCCAAUCAAUAGGAUCACAUACAUCGACGAGCUGUCUGCAAGGUAUGAAAGAGAGGGUGAACCAUCUGAGCUUGCUGCUGUGGAUUUCUUUGUGAGUACAGUUGACCCAAUGAAAGAGCCACCACUGAUCACUGCGAAUACCGUGCUUUCCAUCCUUGCCGUGGACUACCCUGUCGAUAAAGUCUCAUGCUAUUUGUCUGAUGAUGGAGCUGCCAUGCUCACAUUUGAAUCUCUUUUUGAAACAGCUGAAUUUGCAAGGAAGUGGGUACCAUUUUGCAAAAAAUUUGCUAUUGAACCACGAGCACCUGAGUUUUACUUCACACAGAAGUUUGACUACUUGAAGGAUAAAGUGCAACCUUCUUUUGUGAAAGAACGUAGAGCAAUGAAGAGAGAUUAUGAAGAGUUUAAAGUGCGAAUUAAUGCUUUAGUAGCAAAGGCUCAGAAAACACCUGAAGAAGGCUGGACUAUGAAAGAUGGAACACCUUGGCCGGGAAAUGACACCCUUGACCACCCAGGCAUGAUUCAGGUUUUCCUUGGACAUAGUGGUGCCCAUGACGUAGAGGGAAAUGAACUUCCUCCACUGGUAUAUGUCUCCAGAGGGAAGAGACCUGGCUACCGACACCACAAGAAAGCUGGUGCUAAAAAUGCUCUGGUUAGAGUGUCUGCAGUUCUCACAAAUGCUCCCUACAUCCUCAACCUUGACUGUGAUCACUACGUUAAUAAUAGCAAGGCAGUUCGUGAGGCCAUGUGUUUCUUGAUGGACCCACAAGUUGGUCGAGAUGUAUGCUAUGUUCAGUUUCCUCAGAGGUUUGAUGGCAUUGAUCACAGUGACCGAUAUGCUAAUCGCAACACAGUUUUCUUUGAUAUUAACAUGAAAGGAUUAGAUGGCAUUCAAGGACCAGUUUAUGUGGGAACAGGCUGUGUUUUCAAUAGGCAAGCACUCUACGGCUAUGGGCCUCUUUCUUCGCCCAGCUUACCUAAGGCUUCCUCCUCAUCCAGGUCAUGGUGUGGAUGCUGCCCCUCCAAGAAGCCCUCCAAAGAUCCCUCAGAAGUACACCGAGAUGCAAAACGUGAUGAGCUCGAUGCUGCCAUCUUUAACCUCAGGGAGAUUGAUAAUUAUGAUGCGAAUGAAAGGUCAAUGCUGAUCUCCCAGAUGAGCUUUGAGAGAACUUUUGGCAUGUCUUCCGUAUUUAUCGAGUCCACACUAAUGGAAAAUGGAGGAGUGCCUGAAUCUGUCAAGCCAUCAACAUUGAUCAAGGAAGCAAUUCAUGUCAUUACCUGUGGCUAUGAAGAGAAAACUGCAUGGGGCAAAGAGAUUGGUUGGAUAUAUGGUUCGGUCACUGAGGAUAUUUUAACGGGUUUCAAGUUGCAUUGCCGAGGAUGGAGAUCAAUUUACUGCAUGCCCUUAAGGCCUGCAUUCAAAGGGUCAGCACCCAUCAACCUAUCUGAUCGACUGCACCAAGUUCUCCGGUGGGCACUUGGAUCUGUGGAGAUUUUCCUUAGUAGACACUGUCCCCUAUGGUACGGAUUUGCAGGAGGCCGCCUCAAAUGGCUUCAAAGACUGGCUUAUAUAAACACCAUUGUUUAUCCAUUUACAUCCCUCCCUCUCAUUGCUUAUUGCACAAUCCCAGCGAUCUGCCUUCUCACAGGAAAAUUUAUCAUACCAACGCUUUCCAACAUUGCUAGCGUACUGUUUCUUGGGCUUUUCUCCACCAUCAUUGUGACCGAUCUACUCGAGCUGUGGUGGAGUGGUGUUCACAUUGUAGACUGGUGGCGUAAUGAGCAGUUCUGGGUUAUCGCAGGCGUUUCAGCCCAUCUAUUUGCUCUCUUCCAAGGAUUCAUGAAGAUGGCAGCUGGCAUCGAUACCAACUUCACCGUCACUACAAAGUCAGGCGAUGAUUCAAAGUUUGGCGGGCUUUAUGUUGUCAAGUGGACAACACUUUUGAUCCCUCCAACAACACUCAUCAUCAUCAACCUGGUGGGCGUAGUUGCCGGAUUUUCUGACGCACUUAAUAAAGGAUAUGGAGCAUGGGGAGCACUCUUUGGCAAGGUGUUCUAUGCCUUCUGGGUGAUUGUUCAUCUCUACCCCUUCCUUAAGGGUCUCAUGGGUCGCCAAAACCGGACACCAACAAUUGUUGUUCUGUGGGCUGUGCUGUUGGCCUCUGUCUUCUCUCUUCUUUGGGUGAAGGUAAAUCCCUUUGUGAGCAACGUUGAUAGUUCAACUGUUCCCAAAAGCACCUGCAUCCCCAUAGAUUGUUAUCCAGAAUUUUCCAACCAUACAGCCUAAAAGUUGGUGUUUGAGGCAUAUUGGAGUAAGUUUUGGACAAUAUGUAUCAAUCUUUCUGCUGAUAAUCCGUUUGUAAAGACAUUUGUUCGGAGAAAUAUCUAAGUUAUUAAACGGGGGUUGCUAUUUUCUUGCAUAAUUUGAAAUUACACAGAGAAUGAUUAUAUGGCAGGAAAGAACUUGUCCGUUUUCUGUU